AGAAAGAUAAACACACCCUAACAUCAAAAUUCCAAUCGGAUAUCACAAUCACGAUCAUAAUCACAUGUUCAUGUAUAAAAAUAGUACGAAUCAACCCCACCCACAUGAUCCCGCUCCUCUCCUUUUCAAACCCUCACAACCACCGCUUAUUCCCGCCUCCGGCCAUGACUACCACCACCACCGCCAGAAUCUCACCGCUUCUCUCCAGCAGAUCAUCCUAGCCGCUGCUUCUUGGCUACGUAUGCGUCGGAGCCGCUGUAUAUUCCUGCUCGUAUGUUCGCCGAUUCUCCUCCCCUUCGUCUGCUUUACUUUCCCUAUUCUCUGCGCAGUAGAAUUUUGCAUCCGGAUUUGUCGGAGAAACAUCAGAAGACGACGGAGAAGAAAAGAUGAGAGUGGUGAUUGGAUUAGACGAUGCGAAGAAGGAUUGUGCGAUUGCGAUGAUGGAGAUUUGGAAGAAGAAGAAGAAGAGGAAGUCGGAUUGUUGCAGAGGUAUUUGGAUGAUCAAUUGAGACUCGUUGGAUCUGUUGCUGUUGUUUAUGAUUGUGCUGAUUUUGAUAAUGAUGAUCAUCAAUUUGAAGAUAUUACUGAUAAUUUUAAUUCUAAAACUCCUUUACUAGCUUAAUUUUCUGUAUAUUACACUUUCUAAUUCAAUUUUAAUUAAACUUGAGUUUGUCA